GGUAUUUGCCUUCUAGCUAAAUAUAACCACACCCACGCCUGAAAUAUUCUGUCCACUUUUCUGGAAUAUGGGGUGGCGGUGCCUUUAAAGCACUGGCCACGUUUGAGGCCGUCUUGGGAGGUUGGGAUUCUCUCUGGGUGGGCGCUAUCGACUUAUUCCUCCCCUCUUUGGUUAGCAGCAGUGACGGGGACUAGAGUUGUUGAAAGGUUUGCGGCGAACGGCGAGAAGCAGCAGUGCUUAAAAGAUUGCCACAUCACGCUAUGGCUGAUCUCCUAACUGCCUUGAUCUGUGCAUCUGAGAAAUCUGCAAAUAUAGCUCGGGCUUGUAAACGAGAAGACGCACUCUUCCAGCUUCUGAUCGAAGAGAAGAAAGGGCCAGAGAAAAACAAGAAGUUUGUGCAAGACUUCAAGACUCUGGCAGAUGUCAUCAUUCAGGAAGUGAUUAAGCAUGACAUUGGGAAAAAGUUUCCAGAGCUUGCAUUUCACAUCGCUGGAGAGGAAUCCAAUCAUUUUGAAAAUGGCUUGGGUGAAACCAUUAUUGUGAAAGUCUGCAAGACAGAGCAAGAAACUGCAGAAUUGAUAAGUAAAGUGCUAGAUGGGAAUCUGAAAGCUGCUAACCUUCUGGCCAAGUGCAUUCAUGAAGAUGUACACAUCGCUGGUCCAGUCUUGGGAAAACUAAAUAUUGACAUUCCUAUGGAUACCAUAGGGAUAUGGGUUGAUCCUAUUGAUUCAACCAAUCAGUACAUCAAAGGGCAGCUUGAAGAGAAGUUCAAAUCUGGCAUCCACCCAUAUGGUCUGAAAUCUGCUGCCGUACUUAUUGGAGUCUUCGACAGAAACUCAGGGCAGCCAAUCAUGGGAGUCAUUAAUGUCCCAUUUAAUGAAGCUGACCCCAAUUUAAGAUGGAAGGGGAAAUAUUACUGGGGCAUUUCCUACAAUGAUAUCAAUAUCCACUCCAUUCCAAAGCAGCUUCCUGCAGAUUACAAUCAACUUUCAAUAGUCAUGAGCUCAAGUGAGAAGGAUAGCAUCAAGAAAGCAUUAACUCCUCUCUGUGGUGAAAGAAUAUACUAUGCUUCAGGAGCAGGAUACAAGAUCUUGUGUACUAUCCUUGGCUUGGCAGAUGCUUAUGUCAUCACAACAGACACUACCUUUAAAUGGGAUACCUGUGGCCCUCAUGCCAUCUUGAAAUCCUUAGGAGGGGGCAUUGUAAACCUUGCCAAAGUUCUGGUUGAAGUGAAGGAGAGGGGCCCUGGUGCUAUUCCAGAACUCCAAUACAAGAUGCCUGAUGAAGGGGCAAAAGAAACCGAGAAAUGGGCCAACAGAGGAGGCCUUGUGGCUUACAGGUCUCAACAGCACCUAGAGGCCAUUAUUAAUGCACUCUUGGUUUAAUUCUACACACUUGGGGUACAGUUUUACUUCACACUAAAAUUAAAUGCAAAAGAUUACAAACAUGCAUUUUAUUAAACAAAGAAUAUAAUUGCCCUAGCCCCAGCCAAUUAUUUUUCACAAAAGUAAAAUGGAUUUAAAAGACGUUUAGAGCAUUGAAACAAUACACCAGAAAUCAGAUCGACAGUGUUCUUCAAAAUAAAUUAAAUAGCAACUAUAUAACAAACAUGAGAAUGUCCACAGAUGCUGGAAAUCCAAACAACAGAUACAAAAUGCUGGAAGAACGCGGCAGGCCAGGCAGCAUCGAUGGAAAAGAGUACAGUGGUUCUGCUGAAGGGUCUAGGCCCAAAAUGUCAAUGGUACUCUUCCAUAGAUGCUGCCCGGCCUGCUCAGUUCCUCCAGCAUUUUGUGUGUAUUACUAUGCAACAGGUCUCUUACUAUUUUAAAUAUCUCUGGCAAAGCAGCUGUAAAACAAUGGAAAGUUCUGAAGCAUUUAGAACAGAUGAGAAAUAUCUUUAGCCAGAGGAUGGUGAAUCUGCAAUUCAUUUACACAGAUAGCUGUCUAAGCAUUCAUUGGGUAUAUUUAAAGUGGAGGUUGAUGGGUUCUUGAUUAGUAAGGGCAUCAAAGGUUUUGGGGAGAAGGCAGGAGAAUGGGGUUGAGAGGGAUAAUAAAUCAAUUAGCCAUGAUGGAAUGGCAGAGUAGACUCGAUGAGCUGAAUGGCCUAAUUCUGCUCUUAUGACUUAUGGUCUUAUUGCAGGUUUUACACAUUCUGCAAAAUCAUUAAUAUUCCCUUUGGCCUCUUGCAUUGUUAGAAAGAGGGCAAACCACAAAUUUUGCCCAAGACUAACAUCCAACAAUUGUGGGCAUGCUCCAUUCAUUUAAAUUGAGAUAAUUUCUUUCCUCUCCUCUGGAAAUCAUUGAUUCCUGAGGCAAGAAUCCAUCAGGCCACUGACAAUUUGCCCAAGUGGCCACACUUAUUUGAUUAUGAUUUUACAGAGCUCAAUACAUCUACAUAGUCACAGUAUCUGGCAGAGAAGCCCAGACAAAAGAUUAGUUCUUGUCAUCACCAAAUAUAUGGGCAGUACAGCUGUUUAGCAUACCUCUGCUUUAUUCAACAAGAUUAAUUCUGUACAAAGCAUUCCAUUCCCUCGAGUUGUUGACAAUUAGUUAAAAUUAAAUCAGACAAUAACUAAAGCAAAUCUCUUAAUUUGAGCCUAAAUAACAGUAAGCAAAUCAGUAUUAAGUUAAACUGCCUUUUGUAUCCUUGUUACACAAAGUAAUAAAACAUAACUUUCUGUAGAAUUAAAGAUCUGAUGUACAAAAAAUUGUUUUCAUUGUUAGAGCUUUUUAAUUUGCAGAAUGUCUUUAAUGUGUGAUCUAAAAAACAAAACAGACACAAAGCCCAUAGUUUAAGACAGUUUUGAAAAUAGAUAAAGUAAUUAGUAAUUAGGGCAACACCAGGUUCAAGGUUUUGCAAAGUCCAAGAUUGUAAGAUCGAGGGAAACCAGGAGAUAAGUUCCAUCAUGUGAAAGGCUCUGGACGGAAAAAAAAACCCACUAGGAACUGUUUAUGUCAACUGUGAGGAUACAGGUACAGAAUGAUUUCACUGGCUUCCUUGGAGGAACAAGAGAGUAGGGUGACAAGAAGAAGGGACAGAGCUGGAUGCGAGAGAGGCAUUUUUGGCCCCCUCAUUAUCCAGUAUUCUACAACUAAAAUUUCAAAAAAGACAAUUGGGCUUUGCUUUUUCCAAAAAUAUUUUAAAUUAGUUCACAUAUUAUUUUAACUCAGUGCAAGUUAAACGUUUGUUAUGUGUUGUUGGGAGGCAUUAUGAUUACCAUGUUAAUAUCGAAUAAAAUACUAUGGAGGCAAAUUAGGUAAUGUUUCAAAAGCAGAACUUAAACUGGAAAAAUGUGUGCUAGGCUUUUGUAAUAAUGAUUAAGGGUAACAAUAUUUGAUAUUGUGAAGUUCUGUAUUAUAACAAUAAAAGCUUCUGAUGUUCUUCCCUAUUCUGAGUGUAAGUAUCAAGUAUCAUUACAGUUGAAAUCAGAACACACAGCACCAUGUUGUACUCUCACAAUACCUAAAGAGACUUGCUUUACAGUCCAUGCAAGGAGUGAUUCUGCAGAUGAGUGGUUACCUUUAAAGGGUGAUUGAACUAGAUUGGCCUUGGAUUCUGAAGAAUGACCACAAGACAUUGGAGCAGAAUUAGACCAUUCGGCCCAUUGAGUCUGCUCUGUCAUUCCAUCAUGGUUGAUCCAUUUCCUUCUCAACACCAUUGGACCAACCAAGCAGAGUCCACUGCCAAGAAGGCCCACCAGCACCUUUACUUCCUGAGAAAACUAAAGAAAUUUGGCCUGUCCCCAAAAACCCUCACUAAUUUUUAUAGAUGCACCGUAGAAAGCAUUCUUCUAGGGUGCAUCACAACCUGGUAUGGAAGUUGUCCUGUCCAAGACCGAAAGAAGCUGCAAAAGAUCGUGAACACGGCGCAGCACAUCACACAAACCAAUCUUCCGUCCUUGGACUCAUUUUACACCACACGCUGUCGGAGCAGUGCUGCCAGGAUAAUCAAGGACACGACCCACCCAGCCAACACACUUUUCGUCCCUCUUCCCUCCGGAAGAAGGCGCAGGAGCUUGAAGACUCAUACGGCCAGAUUUGGGAACAGCUUCUUUCCAACUGUGGUAAGACUGCUGAACGGAUCCUGACCCGGAUUUGGGCCGUACCCUCCAAAUAUCUGGACCUGCAUCUCUGUUUUUUUUUUGCACUACCUUACUUUCCAUUUUUCUAUUUUCUAUUUAUGAUUUAUAAUUUAAAUUUUUAAUAUUUACUAUCGAUUUGUAAUCCAGGGAGUGGGAAGUGCAGAAUCAAAUAUUGCUGUGAUGAUUGUAUGUUCUAGUAUCAAUUGUUUGGCGACAAUAAAGUAUAACCUUUCACACUCUGACUUAUCAAUAAUUAUCAAACUAUGCCUAAAUACACUCAAUCACCUGGCCUCCACAGCCAUUUGUGGCAAUGAAUUCCACAGAUUCACCACCCUCUGGCUAUAGAAAUGCCUCAUCUGUUCUAAUUGGAUGUCCCUUUAUUGAGCCUGUGCCCCCUGUUCCUGGACUCCCCAACUAUAUGAAACAUUCUCUCCACAUCCACUCUAUCUAGGCCUUAUAACAUUCAAUAAUUUCAAUAACCCCCACCCCACCCUCCAUUCUUCUAAAUUGGUCACAGGCCCAGAGCCAUCAAACGCUCCUCACAUAAUUUCAAUCCCAGAAUCAUUUUAGUGAACCUCCUUUGAACCCUCUACAAUGUAAGCACAUCCUUUCUUAGAAAAGGGUCCCAAAACUACUCACAAUACUCCAAGUAAGGUCUCACCAGUGCCUUAUAAAGCCUCAGUAUUACAUCCUUGUUUUUAUAUUCUCGUCCUCUUGAAAUGAGUGCUAACACUGCAUUUGCUUUCCUUAACACCAACUCAACCCGCAAGUUAAACUUUAGGGAAUCCUGCAUGAGGACUCCCACAUCCCUUUGAAAACUUGGAUUUUUGAAUUUUCUCCACGUUUAGAAAAGUCCACUUGUAUUCCUUCUACCAAAGUGCUUGACCAUAGACUUCCUGACACUGUAUUCCAUCGACCACUCCUUUCCCCAUUCUCCUAAUCCAAGUCCUUCUGUAACCUCCCUGCUUCCUCAACUCCACCAGCCCCUCCACUGAUCUUUGUACUGUCCGCAAACUUGACCACAAAGCCAUCAAUUCCGUUAUCCAAAUCAUUGACAUACAACAUAAAGAGAGUCCCAACACCGACACUUGCGGAACUAGUCACCGGCAGCUAAUCAGAAAAGGCCCCCUUUAUUUCCACUCUGUCUCCUGCCAACCAGCCAAUACUAUCCAUGCUAGAAUAUUUCCUGUAAUGCCAUGGGCUCUUACCCUGCUUAGCAGCCUCACGUGUGGCACCUUAUCAAAGGCAUUUUGAAAAUCCAAGUAAACAACAUCCACCGAUUCUCCUUUCUCUAUCCUGCUUGUAAUUUCCUUAAAGAAUUCCAGCAGAUUUGUCAGGCAAGAUUUUCCCUCAAGGAAACCAUGCUGACUUCGGUCAUUUUAUCAUGUGCCUCUAAGUACCCCAGAACCUCAGGUUUAACAACCAACUCCAACAUCUUCCCUUCCGAGGUCAGAUUAACUGGCCUAUGAUUUUCUUUCUUCUGCCUCUCUCCCUUAUUGAAGAGUGGAGUGAUAUUUGCAAUUUCCCAGUCUUCUGGAACCAUGCCAAAACCUAAUGAUUCUUGAAAUAUCAUUACUAAUGCCUCCACAACCCCUUCAGCUACCUCUUUCAGAACCCUGGGGUAUAUACCUACGUGACUUAUCUACCUUCAGAUCUUUCAGCUUCCCAAACACCUUCUUGGUAAUAGCAACAACACUUACUUCUCCUCCCCGACACUCAAAUUUCUGGCAUAGUGCUAGUGUGAAGACUGAUGCAAAAUACUUAUGCAGUUCACCCACCAUUACCUUGCCCCCCCCCCACUUCUCCAGCAUAAUUUUCCAGCAGCCCGAUAUCUAUUCUUGCCUCUUUUAUUCUUUAUACGUCUGAAAAAAGUUUUGGUAUCUUCUUUGAUAUUAUUAGCUAGCUUACCUUAAUAUUUCAUCUUUUCACUCCUUGUGGCAUUUUUUUUUUUAAGUUGCCCUAUGGUUUUUAAAAGCUUCCCAAUUCUCUAACUUCCCACUAAUUUUUGCUCUAUUAUAUGCCCUCUCUUUUGCUUUUAUGUUGGCAUCGAUUUCCCUUGUCAGCUACGGUUCUGUCAACCUGCCUUUAGAAUACUUCUUUGCGAUGUGUCUAUUCUGCACCUUCCAAAUAUCUCCCAGAAAUUCCAACCACUGCUGCUCUGCCGUAAUCCCUGCUUUGGCCAGCCUCCAAUUCCCUUUACUCCACUGUAAUACUGAUACAGUCUGGCACUUCCUGGCUUUAGCUCCUCCCUCUCAAAUUGCAGGGCGAAUUCUACCACGUUGUGAUCACGGUCUCCACCACAAGCUGCUCUAAAAAGCCAUCUCGUAGGGGUUCUACAAAUUCUCUCAUGAUCCAAAAUCAGCACCAAUCUGAUUCUCCCCUACCUACAGAUUGAAAUCUCCCAUGACUUUCGUAACAAUACCCCUUUGAUGUUCAUUUUCCAUCUCCCAAGAUGGGCUCUAAUUGACACUUUCAGGAUUCUGAGCAAAAGUGAUAGCUGGAGAUUCUAGAACAAAGGCACGCAGAAUAAGGGAUCUGGCCAUACUGGCCUAUGAAUAAGGAGACACUUCACCGUGUGAACUUUCAGAAUUCUUCACUCCAGGGAGCAGUAAAAGGCUGGUCAUUGAGUUUAUCCAAGGAUGAGAUCAUUAGAUAGUUGGACACUGGGAGAAUCUGCAAAACUAUGACUAGGCAGGACAGUUAAAUUGAAGCAGAGGAUCAGGUUGUGACCUUAUUAAGCAGCAGAGCAGAUGCAAAAGUUGUAAUGAUCUACUCAUUUUAAUCUGCUUAUUCUUUCAGAGUCUCAAAAUUGUAGAAUUCAUUUUUUGCCUUUUUCAUGCAACAUUUUUAAACCCUAGUUUGCUCUCAUCUGAUCAGAAUUCACAUCAUGCUAUUCUUAGUUUAAAAUUCUUCUUUACACCUGUUCUAAACUUUUAAGGUGUAGUGAGGAAGGCCAUUUUCCAGGACUCAUGCUUGAAAGUUCAGCUGUGAAACAUAGGAGAAUGGCCUCCCAAACUUGCUCUGUUCAAAUUGCAUAAAGUACAUUCCAAGUGAUAUAAACAAAAGUUGCAUAGUUACUGACCUCAUGAAUUUUAUCACAUGGACAACUGCCAAUAUCAACAGGAAGACCCAAGCCAUAAAAACCAAACUGAUAUUGUAUAAACUGAGAGGGAAUGGUCAACCUCAAACUGGGAGCGAAAGAAAUUCAUGGACAGACAGACAGCAAGUCAUCAUAAUCUCACCAGGUAAAAGCCUUAGCUGCUUGAGGUAUUUCAUCAGGACAAAAAAAUAAACAAAAAUUGAGUUGUUCACUAUUGCUUACGCCUCGAGUACUAGAUAAGGGCAAAGACAAAGAAAACAUGGUUCCCGCAAGACAGCUAAUCCAAAUCCUGGGAGAGAGGGGAAGAAUUAAUUAUAAAGCAUCAAUAUUUUAAAAUCACCAGGAAGAGCAGAAGACAUUAGUUUUAUUUGAUGAUCCAAAUAGGACAUCCAAAUACAAUUUACACAUAACUGCCAAAUUAAAUGAGGAAUUGAGUGAAAGAGAAUAAAUACAAGCAAGGGCGUGGGGGGGGGGGGUGGAAGAGAAGGAAGACACAAUAGACCACUUAGCAUAGGAGUUCCCAACUUUUUUUUAAUUGCCAUGGACCCCUUAAUCGAGAAGUCCAUGGACUCCAGGUUGGGAACACCUGACUGGAAUACUGCCUGCUAUGAUGACUGGAAUAAGAAAGUUCCACUGAUCAAUUUCUUCACAUAUUUUGGACUAUAUUUGCAGAAUAUUAAAACGUGUUGCAUUUUGUGCAACGAACUAAUAGAAUAAACACAAGAGCUGUGAGAUCAGGGAUUAGACAUUGUUGUGACAACAAUCAAGGUGUGUUAAACUCAGGAAUGCAUGUUAAGUCUACUUAGGUUAACUGGCUGCAGGCUUUACUUUGUAUUGUGAGUGGCAUGACCUUUUGUCAAACAAUAGCUAUUUCUCCAAUAUUGAUAAAGGAGACAGGACACAACAGAAUUGGAGCGCAGAGCUUGCAACCUCAAUGGUAUUUGGACUAUACAUCUGCACGAUGCAUUCUUAGGUGAGGAUGAGCUAUUGAAUAAGUUUUGAAAUAGUUCUAGACUAUUUAUCUGCUGAUUCCAUGAUCUAAAGUCAUUUUGAAACCUGUACAUGUUUUAUGCCAUAAUUAAGAGUUUUUAUUUAAAGUCACUGACAAGUUCAAUCCUGGAAUUUCCUAUCUCGUGUCACUGUGGGAGUAACACUUAGCAGCAUUUGGUUCACAUCAGGUUUCACAUACAACAUUCAAAGCAAAUUUGAUGACUAUGCAUUCUUAGAAAUUAACAUGGCAAGGAAGAAAAAAAUCAUGUUGUGCCUCGAGGUCUCAUUACAGACUACCAACAGUUUUCCGAACUGAUAUAUCUUCUGAAAAUACUUAUGGGAUGUGGGCAUCACUGGAAAGGCCAGAAUUUUUUGCCCACCUCUAACUGCCUUGAAGGUGGUGGUGGUGCUGGUACUAAGCCAUCUUGAACUUUUGCAGUCCUGCUAAAGAAUCUGUUGGGGACUUCCACAAUUUAAACACAGCAGUGAAGAAGAACUGACAACAUUAUUUCCAAGGCAGGAUGAUGUGCAACAUGGAGGAGAGCCUGCAUGCAUGGCAUUUCCAUGCACCCUCUGCCCUCUUUUCAGUGCAGUAGAGAUAAUGGGCCUGGGAGGUGCUGUUAAAAUAGCCUUGGUGAGUUGUUGGAGUGCAUUUACAGAUGCCAUACACUGCAGCCAUACUGCACAAGUGAUAGGUGAAGUGUAUGCUAAAAAAUAAGCACCUACAGCAUAUUAUGCCUUUGCCACCUCAGUUGUUCUAGAGUACAUCAUAGCUGAUUAAAUACUUAUGAAACUUGGUAGACAAGCUUCCACGAGCAGUGAUGCAGUCAUGACCGGGUAAUCCACUCGAAUGAGAUUGACUGAGACAAGAGGCCCAGGAUACGAAGAACUCCUCUCUACUCCAGGAACCAGGCAGGGCCUCUGUUUAAUGGCUCCUAUGAACAAUGGUGUCUCCCUUCAUUACCUUGGAUUGCCAACUUUUGGGUGGAGGAUGGGAUGCCAAUCAAACAGCCUUUUGUCCUGAAUGGGGUCAAGCUUCAAGUGCUGUUGGGGCUCUGCUCAUUCAGACAAAUGGGGAUAGCUAGAAGGCUUUGACAAAUCAGGAGGUACAAAAUGAUGCAUGUUAAUCACCAGCUACCAGUUUAUGCCUGAAAUGUGCAACAUAGAUGGCUGCUUCUUCUGGAGUUAUACAUGAAACUGAACAAUUUUCAGCAAACAUCUCCAAUUCUGAUCUUAUUGAGGUCAUAUAGCAGUUGAUGGUCAACCCUAGGAUACAGAUUUGAAAUAUUCAAUAAGUUAUCUUCUUAACAAAAGUAAAAUGAUCCAAGGUCAAAUACCAAGCAAAAAAUCCUCCCCACCCCAAUAUUGAGAUCUUUCUGAUCUGUGCAGUAUUUAACACCCGGGCAUGCUUGAUCACUGGAUUCCAA